AUGAGAAAGAAGGUGUCAACUUUGUUGGAUUAUCAAGAAUGUAAAUAGCAACAUCUCCUUAAUUAUCUCAACACUUUAGAGGAGAAGGAUUAGGAGAAGUUAUUGGAAAAAUUGGAAUCCAUAAAUAUUAGAAAUCUACAAAAUGUAAACUAACAUUACUAAUCUAGGUCUAUAGUCAUUAUAAAGAAAAGCCUAAAGAAAAUCGUGAACUAAAUCCUAUACAAAAUGUUCUGCGAGUUGCUUCUACUCCUAAAGAAACUCUUCAGCAGUACUAAAAAUUGGGAGAAAAAUUAAUUUCAGAAGGAAAGGGUAUAGAUAAAUUUAAUAUUAAGUUUGUGUGGCAAUGAUGGCAGGAGGUUAAGGUACCAGAUUGGGUUUUAAUAAGGCAAAGGGUAUGUAUGAUAUUGGUUUGCCUUCUCAUAAAACUUUAUUUCAAAUUUUUUGUGAACGCAUUUUAAGUCUCUAGAAUAUGAUACAAAUUAGAAUUGGAUAGUGCUUACCUAUUUAGUUUUUUAUCAUGACUUCAGAUGUUAAUCAUGAAGAAACUACACAGUUUUUUAUUGAAAAUAAUUACUUCAAUCUUCAAUCUGAUCAAAUUACUUUUUUUCAAUAGGAUUCCUUACCUAUUUUGUCAACAAAUGGAGACAUACUUUUAAAUGAUUGCACAUCAAUAUUGGAAGGACCUGAUGGUAAGAAUAUUCAUUCUAUUUUUGAAAAGGAAAUGGAGGAAUUUUUAGUAGUCUUUACAAUCAAGGUUAUUUGGAUUAUAUGAAAUGUUUGGGCAUCAAAUAUAUUCAUAUAUGUCCAGUAGAUAAUGUUCUUUGUAAAUUAUGUGAUCCAAUUUGGAUUGGAUAUGUAGAAGCAAAUAAUUUAACUAUUUGUAGUAAAUUUGUUAAGAAGGCACAUGCAGAGGAAAAGGUAGGAAUUCAUGCAUUAAUUAAUGAUAAACCUUGUGUAAUAGGUAAAUAUUUAAAAUUAGAUUAGAGUAUAGUGAAAUGACAUAGGAAGAUUUACAUAAAAGGAAUGAUUAAGGUGACUUACUUUAUGAUGCAGGAGGUAUAGCUUAAAUGAUCUGUACUGUUGAAUUUACACAUAAGAUAAUCGAAGAUCCAUAAACAAGUAGUAAAUUAGCUGCUAAGUAAUUUUAUUAUAGAAAUAAGUUACCAUGUUGCAUAAAAGAAAUAUGAUUAUUAUGAUUUAAACUAGAGAAAAGUUAUUAAACCAGAUAUUCAAAAUGCUUUGAAAUUUGAACUCUUUUUUUUUGAUUGUUUUCCUCUUUGUCCUAAAGAAUAAUUUGGUUUAAUUGAAGUAAAAAGGGAAGAGGAGUUUGCUCCUGUUAAAAAUGCUCCUGGAGACAAGAGUGAUACCCCAGAAACAGCCAAAAAAUUAUAUUUAGAUAGAGAUUAAAAAUGGAUUAAAAAUUGUGGCUUUUAAUUUCCUUAAUAAGUUGAAAUAUCAGCUAAGAUUACAUAUUUUGGGGAAGGCCUUGAAAAUAUAUUACCAAAAUACUUAGGUAAUAAAUAAAAUCCUUUAAUAAUAACAAAUGAUAGAUUAUCAGCAUAAAAAUAACCACAAUUAGUUAAAUAGCCAUAAGUAAAAUAAUAGCCAUUACAAUAGCCAUAAUAAUAAUAAUAAUAAUAAUAAUAAUAAUAAUAAUAAUAAUAAUAAUAAUAAUAAUAAUAAUAAUAAUAAUAAUAAUAAUAAUAAUAAUCAUAAUAAUAAUAAUAAUAAUAAUAAUAAUAAUAAUAAUAAUAAUAAUAAUAAUAAUAAUAAUAAUAAUAAUAAUAAUAAUAAUAAUAAUAAUAAUAAUAAUAAUAAUAAUAAUAAUAAUAAUAAUAAUAAUAAUAAUAAUAAUAAUAAUAAUAAUAAUAAUAAUAAUAAUAAUAAUAAUAAUAAUAAUAAUAAUAAUAAUAAUAAUAAUAAUAAUAAUAAUAAUAAUAAUAAUAAUAAUAAUAAUAAUAAUAAUAAUAAUAAUAAUAAUAAUAAUAAUAAUAAUAAUAAUAAUAAUAAUAAUAAUAAUAAUAAUAAUAAUAAUAAUAAUAAUAAUAAUAAUAAUAAUAAUAAUAAUAAUAAUAAUAAUAAUAAUAAUAAUAAUAAUAAUAAUAAUAAUAAUAAUAAUAAUAAUAAUAAUAAUAAUAAUAAUAAUAAUAAUAAUAAUAAUAAUAAUAAUAAUAAUAAUAAUAAUAAUAAUAAUAAUAAUAAUAAUAAUAAUAAUAAUAAUAAUAAUAAUAAUAAUAAUAAUAAUAAUAAUAAUAAUAAUAAUAAUAAUAAUAAUAAUAAUAAUAAUAAUAAUAAUAAUAAUAAUAAUAAUAAUCUAAACAACCAAUAAAAUAAUAAUAAAAAAUUGGAAUUUCAAAUUAAUAAUUCUAUCCAUAAGUUAUUUAUAAUUAAUUAAUUAAUUCAGUUAAUCUUUCUGUAUUACAACCUAAUUAUUACCCAUAUCAAUCAACUCCUCAAAACCCUAAGAAUAUUUUAAUUUAAGAUAACCAUGUUCGUUAAAGUCAAGCCUUUAACCCCAGAUUAUCUAUACAACAUCAAACUGCAUCAUAAUAAUAACUAAAAUAAGUAAAAGCAACUGCAUUUCCUACUUAAGGAAUUUCUACUGUUACUAAUCCAAAAUAAAUAAAUCCUUAAACCAGAUAUCAACCAAUAAUGCAAUCUUAAAAUCUACUUAAUACUAAAUAAAGCAUCAUCUAACCAGUAUAAAUUAAUUCAUCUUUGUCUCCUCAAAGAGUGACAUCAUAUUUCAAUUAAAGAGCUUUAACUGUACAGAGACCUACUAUGUUUGCCUAAUAACGUCCUUUUACAUUAUCAGCAUAACAAUAUGUACCAAUAACAACAAUAAAAAAUUGA